GCCCCGCAGCGCUUCUUAUGAUCAGCUCGGUGUGUGUCUCCUCCUACCGCGGGCGCAAGUCGGGGAACAAGCCUCCAUCCAAAACAUGUCUGAAGGAGGAGAUGGCCAAGGGCGAGGCGUCGGAGAAGAUCAUCAUCAACGUGGGCGGCACGCGACAUGAGACCUACCGCAGCACCCUGCGCACCCUCCCGGGCACCCGGCUCGCCUGGCUGGCCGACCCGGACGGCGGGGGCGGCCGGCCCGAGUCCGAUGGCGGCGGCGCGGGCAGCAGCGGCAGUAGCGGCGGCGGCGGCGGGGGCUGCGAGUUCUUCUUCGAUCGGCACCCGGGCGUCUUCGCGUACGUGCUCAACUACUACCGCACCGGCAAGCUGCACUGCCCCGCCGACGUGUGCGGGCCGCUCUUCGAGGAGGAGCUCACCUUCUGGGGCAUCGACGAGACCGACGUGGAGCCCUGCUGCUGGAUGACCUACCGGCAGCACCGCGACGCCGAGGAGGCGCUCGACAUCUUCGAGAACCCGGACGGAGGCGGCGGCGCGGGGCCGGGUGACGAGGCCGGCGACGAGGAGCGAGAGCUGGCCCUGCAGCGCCUGGGGCCCCACGAGGGCGGCGCGGGCUCCGGCGCCGGGUCCGGGGGCUGCCGCGGCUGGCAGCCCCGCAUGUGGGCACUCUUCGAGGAUCCCUACUCCUCCAGGGCGGCCAGGGUGGUGGCCUUUGCCUCUCUCUUCUUCAUCCUGGUCUCCAUCACCACCUUCUGCCUGGAGACCCACGAGGCCUUCAACAUCGACCGCAACGUGACGGAGAUCCUCCGCGUGGGGAACACCACGAGCGUGCGCUUCCGGCGGGAGGUGGAGACGGAGCCCAUCCUGACCUACAUCGAGGGCGUGUGCGUGCUGUGGUUCACCCUGGAGUUCCUGGUGCGCAUCGUGUGCUGCCCGGACACGCUGGACUUCGUCAAGAACCUGCUGAACAUCAUCGACUUCGUGGCCAUCCUGCCCUUCUACCUGGAGGUGGGGCUGAGCGGCCUGUCCUCCAAGGCGGCCCGCGACGUGCUGGGCUUCCUGCGGGUGGUGCGCUUCGUGCGCAUCCUGCGCAUCUUCAAGCUCACGCGCCACUUCGUGGGGCUGCGGGUGCUGGGCCACACGCUGCGCGCCAGCACCAACGAGUUCCUGCUGCUCAUCAUCUUCCUGGCGCUGGGCGUGCUCAUCUUCGCCACCAUGAUCUACUACGCCGAGCGCAUCGGCGCCCGGCCCUCCGACCCGCGCGGCAACGACCACACCGACUUCAAGAACAUCCCCAUCGGCUUCUGGUGGGCCGUGGUCACCAUGACGACGCUGGGCUACGGGGACAUGUACCCCAAGACGUGGUCGGGCAUGCUGGUGGGGGCGCUGUGUGCGCUGGCCGGGGUGCUGACCAUCGCCAUGCCCGUGCCCGUCAUCGUCAACAACUUCGGCAUGUACUACUCGCUGGCCAUGGCCAAGCAGAAGCUGCCCAAGAAGCGGAAGAAGCACGUCCCGCGCCCGCCCCAGCUCGAGUCCCCCGUCUACUGCAAGUCCGAGGAGACCUCGCCCCGGGACAGCACCUACAGCGACGCCAGCCCCGCCGCCCAGGAGGAGGGUCUGGUGGAGAGGAAGCGGGCAGAUUCCAAGCAGAACGGAGACGCCAACGCCAUGCUGUCAGAUGAGGAGGGGGCGGGCCUCACCCAGCCCCUGGCCUCGGCCCCGACCCCCACGCCGGAGGAGCGCCGGGCCCUGCGCCGGUCCGGCACCCGAGACAGAAACAAGAAGGCGGCCGCCUGCUUCCUGCUCAGCGCCGGGGACUAUGCCUGCGCCGACGGGAGUGUCCGGAAAGGCCAUGUUGAGCCGAAAGUGUGCGUCCCAGUGUCUCACACCUGUGCUCUUUAACACAGAGACCUGCCAAGACGCUCUCUCGUCCAACUAUGCCCAGGCCGAAGUCCUCACCCUCUCUUAACGCGGCAGCAACGUGAGAGAGACAGGCAGACAGACAGAAAGCCAGAGGCUUAGGGGAACUCUGGAACCCAGGCAAGGACCUUUCGCUGGGCAAGACCUGUUGGCACAGGACUGAUGGAAAACCUCCCGUCCGACCCCUGGGGCCCGGAGCCACCCGGGUCCGGCGUUUUGUCCUGUUGUGAUUGAAGAGAUGUAUAUGCACACAUAGCAUCUAUAUUCAUACAUACUGUACUCGUGUGUGUAGUGCACGUGCUAUCGGUGGUCUGUCUCCGUCAGGCCGUCUCCCCAAGCCCUCGCCCCUCCCCCAGGCCCCCCUCCCUUCCCUUCACCGAUUCCCUGUUCGCGUUGUACGUGCCGCGUGUGGAAUGUCCCAGGAAAAGUUGCCUGGGAGCCGCCCGUCCAGCUGGGUGGGCCCAGGCUAGACUCUCCCUGUGGGGGUGUUUCCCUGUGGGCCGGUGGCCUGUGCCAGGCCAGGCUGCCCCCGGGGUCACUGCCCCACCAGCCCCACCCCACCCCAGACUGGGGUUCUACCUCCCACCCCACGCCCCAGUUGUGGGGGGACUUCCAGGGGCUUCUCUGCAGCUUCUUUCACCCCUUCCCUGUGUCCUUGACUGAGGGGGCAUUUUGGGUUUUUUUUUUGUUUGUUUUGUUUUUUCAUUUUGGGUUUUUUUAAUCUUUGGUUUUUCUGUCUCCCUGGUCCGUUUGUUUUCAAUGACGCUGCCGGGCAGACAGGCAGGGAAGGGGCCUGUCUGCCCACCGGGCUCAGGGGUCUGAGAAGGGGGAAGCUUCGGGCGAGUGGAGACCAGUUGCAAUACUGUACUUCCUGGCCGGUGGCCAGAGGAUGCGUGCAAUAGCGGAGGCCGGGUGACCCCUUCGACCUUGGCCUCUGCCCCUCCCUCGGCUCUCCCUCCGCACUCCUCGCCCGCCCCGCCCUUCCCUGGUGUUGGUCCUUUUCUAAAGCUGCCCCCUCCUGUGUGUCUGAGGCAAGCCUAGGCCAGGGCCCUGUCACCCUGUCUGCAUGCCUUCGACUGUCAUGCUGUGCUCGACCCUCAAUAAAGACAUCUGGAGCGACCAGCUGCUCCUGCGUGUGA